AAACCACACAUCCACCCACUACUUUUUUACUUCAACAAACACUUCAAAAAUUCUCUCUUAUUGCUCAGAGAUGGAGGGCAGUGACACAACCAUAACUACUGUAACUUCACCUUCUUCCUCAGUAUCUCCUCCUCCUCAGUCUCAUGUGGUAAUCAGCCCUUGUGCUGCUUGCAAGAUUUUACGGCGACGAUGCGUCGAAAAAUGCGUUUUGGCUCCUUAUUUUCCUCCCAAUGAUCCGCUCAAGUUCACUACUGCUCAUCGUGUGUUUGGGGCCAGCAACAUAAUCAAGUUCUUGCAGGAACUUCCAGAGCCACAACGAGCGGAUGCAGUGAGCAGCAUGGUGUACGAGGCCAACGCAAGGUUAAGAGAUCCCGUGUAUGGAUGUGCAGGUGCAAUCUGCCAACUCCAGAAGCAAGUGAGUGAGCUCCAGGAACAGCUCGCGAAAGCACGAGCUGAGCUUGUCAACGUGCAAUGCCAAAAUGCCAAUCUUAUGGCCCUAAUCUGCAUGGAAAUGGCACAACCGAACGAUCACCAGAGUUCGUUAGAUGCUUUUGGUACUAGUCCGCGUACUUACCAAAGUAACGCCAACUUUCUAGACGAAAACAAUACUGGACUCGUGUGGGAACAACUCCUCUGGACAUGACCUAAUCCAGAUCACUCAUCCAUCGUGUGAAACGAGGAUUUCAAGUCCAAGUUCUUGUGCUGAUGAACUGAGAAGGAUAUAUCGAUAUUUUAGGAAAAAAAAUAUUAAUGAAUUAAGACUAAUUAAUUAAUAUGCUCCUUUAAUUUUCCAUAUUAUUAUUCAAAUGUAAUAUAGGUAGUACUAUAUAUAUAUAUGGGACACAUUAAUUAUAAUUAUAGUCCUUGGAGCAUAGGUUAGUAGUUAGGUUAUAUGUAUAAUUAAUUUCUAAUGAUUAUGUUUUAAAGGAGAUGAAGUUGACGAGUGUUUUCUCCUAUCCAUGUUAUCUUAUGAUUUCAGAAGGAGAGAUGUCAUUGUCUAAAUGUCUAA